AUGAUUAUUACAGUUAAGGCAUUGCGUUUGAUCGCCUACAAGUUGAAGAAGGAGUGGGAUUUCUCAGUGGACCCCUGCAGCGGGAGGCAAGGGUGGUUGGAUGCAACUUCCUUUGGAAUAACCAGCAACGUCACUUGCCAGUGCAACACCAAUAUUUGUCAUGUGACUAGCAUCCAGCUUAAGACUCAGAACCUGACUGGAGUUCUUCCGGAUGAGUUUGCUAAUCUUACCUUCUUAAGCGAGCUAGAUCUUACAAGGAACUAUCUCAGUGGAUCCAUUCCUGCCGCUUGGGCUUCGCUUCCUCUCACCCUUCUGUCUCUUCUAGGAAAUCAGAUCUCAGGGAGCAUCCCAGAGGAGCUUGGAAGAAUUACCACCCUUCAGUUCCUGAUAUUGCAAGAUAACCAGCUAAAUGGCUCAAUUCCUUCGGCCCUUGGGAACCUCAUCAACUUAAAUGAAUUGUUUCUUUCAUCGAACAAUUUAACCGGGGAGCUGCCGGAAUCUCUUGGCAACCUCAAGAAUCUGACAAGAUUCAUAAUUGAUGGGAAUCCCAUCUCUGGCAAAAUUCCAAGCUUCAUGGGGAACUGGACGAAGCUCCAAUGGCUGUACAUACAAGGAACAUCGAUGGAGGGGCCCUUUCCUCCCAUCUUCUCCACAAUGGUGUCUCUAAAGGAGCUGAGGGUCUCCGACUUGAAAGGAGGAGAUGGGAAGUUCCCUCCACUGCAAAAUAUGAAGAACUUGGAAUUCCUAGUGUUAAGGAACUUGUCGAUAUCUGGUGAACUCCCAGAUUUUUUUCGGGAGAUGCCUAAUCUUGGCCACUUAGAUCUAAGCUUUAACAAUCUCAGUGGUCCAAUUUCAAGCAGCGGUGAUGGACUGAGAACAAUAAGUUAUAUGUACCUUACUAGCAACAUGUUGAAUGGAACACUGCCCGAUUGGAUCUUGAGCAGCACAAAAAACUUGGAUCUUUCUUACAACUCUUUUACGGGACCGUUGAAUAUACCCAGUUGUCAAAUAAACAGUGUGAAUUUGGUCUCUAGCUAUUCAUCAACAACUAAUAAUUUGAUACUUUCAUGUUUAAGAAGGAACCUACUCUGUGCUGAGGAAGCUAGAAAUGAUGCCGUGUUCAUCAAUUGUGGUGGUAGUAAGGUGACUGUCGAUAAUAAUGAGUACGAAGCGGAUACAUUAGAGUUUGGUCCAUCAAACUUUGCUGUCUCUGAUAGUGGAAAAUGGGCUUAUAGCAGUACAGGAGAUUUUAUGUGGGGCAGCCAAGCAAAAUACAUUGUUAGGAAUGCAUCAGUGCUAAAUGUGACCAAUCCAAAACUGUACAUGACUGCUCGUGUAAACCCUCUGUCCCUCAAAUAUUAUGGUCUUUGCCUGCAGAAGGGACACUAUACAGUCAAUCUUCACUUUGCUGAAAUCAUUUAUACAGAUGACCAGACAUACUCCAGUGUUGGAAAGCGCUUAUUUGAUGUAUCAAUACAGGGUCAAAAGGUUUUACAGGACUUUGAUAUUGCAAAAGAAGCAAAUGGGACUGGUAAAGAAAUUAUUAAGUCAUUUCCAUCUAUGGUAGAUGGUACUAUUGAAAUUCACUUUCAGUGGGCUGGCAAAGGGACAACAACAGUUCCUCAGUUUGGUGUGUAUGGACCUCUUAUAUCAGCUAUUUCAGUUACACCAUCUAUCAUGCCUGAUGCGAAAGAAACCAAACUAUCUGUUCGAGCUAUUUUGGGUAUCGUUGUUGCUUGUUGCGUCAUAAUUGCUCUGAUGUUUAUCCUGAUAUGGUUUUGUUUCAUAAGGAAAAAGGUUAAGAACAAUGAACUUUGUGGCCUGGAAUUGCGGACCAGUUACUGGAGCUUGAAACAGAUUAAAGAUGCCACCAACAACUUCGAUCCUAUAAAUAAGUUAGGCGAAGGUGGCUUUGGUCCAGUCUACAAGGGUGUGCUGCAAGAUGGUUCUGUAAUUGCAGUCAAGCAACUUUCUUCCAUGUCCAAACAGGGGAAUCGUGAAUUUAUUAAUGAGAUAGGCAUGAUCUCAGCCUUGCAGCACCCGAAUCUUGUGAAGCUGUAUGGAUGUUGUAUUGAAGGAAAAGAAUUGUUGCUUAUAUACGAAUACAUGGAAAAUAAUAAUCUUGCCCUUGCUCUAUUUGGUUCUGAUGAAUAUCAAUUGAAAUUGGAUUGGCGAACAAGGUGCAAGGUUUGCCUAGGAGUAGCAAGAGGUUUGACUUAUCUCCAUGAGGAGUCAAGGUUGAAGAUUGUUCAUCGAGACAUCAAGGGCACAAAUAUUCUGCUUGACAAAGAUCUCAAUGCAAAAAUAUCUGACUUUGGUCUGGCAAGACUUGAUGAAGAAGAGAACACCCACAUCAGCACCCGAAUAGCUGGAACUAUGGGGUAUAUGGCUCCUGAAUAUGCAACGAGAGGUUACUUGACAGACAAAGCGGAUGUCUACAGCUUUGGAGUUGUAACGUUGGAGAUUGUCAGUGGAAUGAGCAACAGAAGUUACAAGCCUAAUAAUAACUUUGUUCAUCUUCUUGAUUGGGCCUUGUAUCUACAAGAGCAGGGAAAUCUUCUGGAAAUUGUUGAUCCACGCCUAGGUUCCAACUACUCAAAGGAAGAGGCAUUGCAAAUGUUGAAUGUGGCUCUUAUAUGUACAGACCCUUCUCCAUUUCAGAGGCCCAAAAUAUCAAAUGUGGUCAACAUGCUUGAAGGUAAAAUGCCAGUUUGGGUCCCAUCUGCAAAGAGUGCAGUCUUGGAGAGAGAGGAUUUGAGAUUCAAGUCCUCUAAGAAAAUAUCAAUUGAGCGCCAACCGCAGUGCAUUUUGAAGGAUGACCAAUGGGUUGACAACCCAGCAUCUGUGCCAAGUAGGAAAGAAGAGCCAUCUCCAAAUUCCCCAUCAAACAAGCUUCUUUCUAAUUGCAUAGAGUAGUUUAUGCUUUCUUUUGGGUACAGAGUUGUCUACACUUUAAAGCUGAGCAGUUGGGAAAAACAUCUGCAUCAUAUAAUUUGAAUUCUCUCAUGACAAGCCACCACCUUCUCAUUGCAGAUCUCAAGACAAUAUAACUCUUCUUAAUCUUGGUAAUUAAUUAUGAGAAUAAGAUCUUGUAGGCAUGUACCAGGAUUAUCUUCUAUUUCUACUAAAGGUGGUUGUCUUAUAUUCUAAAUUGCAGA